AUGAUGUCCAAUAUCCUGAAAUUCUUGUUCAUCUCUGUUUGUGUCAGCGUUAUUGUUGCAGCAGCACAGGACUCACAGAAUUGUGAGGAAGUUAUUGCAUCGACUGAAGUGAAGAGUUUUGUUAUAAAAGGCGCUGUAUCUGGCUGUCAGUACCGCGUCCAAACGGACUCCGGCAAAUUAGUGAAGGUCUUCGUAAACGAGACUAGUGGAGUCAAAUGUGUGAAGGUGACCAGUGGAACCGAAUCAGACACUCUGUGUUCAACAGGCGCAACGAAACAGUUUACAUCCAGUGCACCGGUUGAAGUGAGUGCGGAUUCCAGCACGACAAGUUCAGAAACAACAACGGUGGAAGCACCAACGGUAUCACCCGAAGCAACUAAACAACCAGGAGAAACGGGAGAUGCAGAAAAACCUGAUGAAAAUGAACCAAAAGGGCCCGAUUCCCAAGAUCCCCCGCAACCGGAAACCGAUACAAGUCCUCAGAAACCCUCAGUAGGAAACGCAGUGCAGAGUCAGGCUGACACGAGCACGGAUGCGGGAGAAAAAGGGCCUCAGUCAAAUCAAAAUAAAGCCGCAACUAAUCAAGAUGCUGAAAACCUAAAAGCAAGGCCAGAGGAAGCCAGUGAUAGCGUUCAACAUCUUAGACGUUCCAGAGACACUUCCAGUACCGGGGCAUCUGAUGAUGUAACUGUGUAUUACGUACUGGCUCGGGAAACACCGAAUUGUGUGGACCUUGAUGCCUCAACUGAAGAAAAGAGUUUCGUGGUGAAAAACACUGGCUCCGGUUGUCAGUAUCGUGUCAAAUCAGAUACCGGUAAAUUGGUGAAGGUUUAUGUUAACAAAACGAGUGGCAUCAGUUGUGUGAAGGUAUCCAGUGGUGGGAAGUCAGAAACGCUGUGCCCAACAGGUGAUACUACUCAAUUCGAAUCUAACGAACCGAUCGAGGUGAGAGCCGACUCUGAAUCGGCAACUUCGGAAGCAUCAGGAACAAGCUCAUCUGGGCAAGAAACGACACCGGCAGCAACCGAAGCACCAACAACACCACAAGCAACUGAAGCGCCAACAACACCGCAAGCGACCGAAGCACCAACAACACCACAAGCAACCGAAGCACCAACAACACCGCAAGCAACCGAAGCGCCAACAACACCACAAGCAACCGAAGCACCAACAACACCGCAAGCAACCGAAGCACCAACAACACCACAAGCAACCGAAGCACCGACAACACCGCAAGCAACCGAAGCACCAACAACACCACAAGCAACCGAAGCACCGACAACACCGCAAGCAACCGAAGCACCAACAACACCGCAAGCCAGCGAAGCACCAACAACACCACAAGCAACCGAAGCACCAACAACACCGCAAGCCAGCGAAGCACCACCAACACCAAAAGCAACCGAAGCACCAACAACACCAAAAGCAACCGAAGCACCAACAACAUCGCAAGCAACAGAAUCACCUCCAGCAUCAGGAGGUAGUCAAACUGCUGAAUCCCAACAACCAGACGCACUCAGGUUAUUGAAAGAGGAAGCAGACUCAAUUCCGAAAGAACAAAAGUCAAAUGGAACAAUGCUACUUAGGCGUGCCAGAUCCACUUUCACUGGUGAUAGAUCUAACGACGUCAUUGUUUAUUACAUUUUGAGUGAGUUGCCAGCAGUAGCAGCAACAGUACUUCUCUUAACUCAAUGA